UCGAAUGAAUGAUUGCGAGAAAGCGGAAGCUAGCAAAGCAAGUUAUUUUUAUUUCGUCUUGCCGGUGAUUUUUCCGAUUGGGUUUCUCUGAUGUUGUUAGGUGGAAGAUACUCACUCUGACCCAGCGACAUAAAGUCAAAGAGGCGAAGAAAAUCCGCGGCAACUGACCAGAUCCCACUAUGCCGCUCCACUUUGUCUACAGCCACCAGGAUUUUAUCACAAAUGUGUGUCGGGCUGAUGGAAGCAGUUCCUGUGUGGCACCAACGCCAACAAAGUUUGACACAAUUCUACAAGCUGGCUGGAAAGACAGAAUGGACAGGGGACUUUUUCGCUACCAUCUGAGUGAUGUGGAGACACGAAUCCUGCCAGGCCCGCACAAAUUUGUCACCCAGCUGAAUGUCAAAAGGGCACAAGAGAAACGAAAGCCUCAGGAGAUCCUGAGUGUUCAACAGGAGUUCAAUGAUAAGCUGUUCAAUUUCAACAAAAUCAACCCAGAAGAAAUCAUAUUUGAGGCUAUGAAGGACGCUGGUUGGAGUCCAGGUGCGCUUGAAAACAGAAAGUUACAACAAUCCUGCAGGAUGUCUGUUAUGGUCAAUGUAAGCCCUUUGGAAUUUGGGCAUUGUCUGUUGGUUCCAGAUCUAGAACACUGUUUGCCACAAGUCCUGACAGCUUUUGCCAUUCAGGUUGGAAUUGAAUCUGUGCUCCUGAGCUCCAACCCAGGUUUUCAUGUGGGUUUCAACAGUCUUGGAGCAUUAGCGUCUGUCAAUCACUUGCAUUUACAUGCUUAUUACCUAAACCACGAGCUAAGAAUUGAAUCUGCACCACUCGCGCCGCUGCUUCCUGAAAAGGGAUUUUAUCGCUUGACGGACUUUCCCAUCGGCUUUAUGUUUUACACAGAAUCAGACUGUGUGGAGAAAGUUGCCAGGGUUGUUUGUCAAGUCACAGACUUUUUUGUUGCUGGUAAUGUGGCUCACAACCUGUUCAUGACCCGGGGAUGUCCACCUAAUGACCGUAUGCAGAAUGAAAUGGAACGCGCCUCGAGGGCUGGUGUGCGUAUCGCUGUGUGGCCCAGAAAAUCCUGCUUUGGUGGUGAAGAAGAGACUGCGUUCAAUAUCGCACUGUGUGAACUAGCCGGACACUUACCCUUCAAGAACAAGCAGGACUUUGAGCUCACAAGUGAGGAACAUGUAAUCAGUAUCAUUCAGAAGUAUCUUCUGCCUGAUGCUGAGUUUAGCAGGUUGGAACAGCAGCUCACGUAUUUUUUAAGAGGUACAUAAUGUUCAGAUCAAACUGUUUGUGUGACUGUAACAUCAACCGUUAAUCUGUAUUCAGGCCCGUAAGUAGUUGGACACUUAGAAAUUUGUAGUUUUGCUUCUACACCACCUCAAAGGAGUUAAAGAGAAACAGGCAAAAUGUGUUUGUAAUGUUGAAUUUGAACUUUAAUUCCAGUGAUUUAACAUAAAUAUCACUUUAGCCAUUUAGGAAUUACAACCAUUUUUAUACACUGUCCAUCCAUUAUCAGAGGCUGUAAGUAAUCUGACAAAUUAGCUACAAGGAUUAUUAAGGUGACUAUAAAAGUUACAAAUUCAUCAGUAGUUAAUGCAGUGUUUUUGUUAAACCUCUUCAGCUGAAGUUGAAAGUCUACACUAGAAGCACAUCCUGAUUCUUUCAUUUCAGCUUCAUUGUUGCAGUGCACAGAAGUAGAAUUAACAAAAAUGUCACUGCCCAAAUACUUAUGGUCUGACUGUCAUUACACUGUGGGAAAAAGCGCACACAGAUGCAAAGAACACACUUGCCAUUUAUCCCAUGAUCAUACUUCUUUCUGUUUACUAUCUUAAAAAGUAAAAACCUUCCAUCACAUAUUGGCAUCAAAAAGACACUUAAAAUUAGUUUUCUCCCAUUCACUUCUUUCUUCAUGAAGCACUUUUAGACAACACACUGCAAAAACUGAUAUCUAAGAAAGUAAAAAAAGACUUAUUUUAAGAAAAUUUGACUUAAUUUUUGCCUGAAUAGAAAAAUAAUCUUGCAGAGCAUUUUUUACAUAAAGAAAAAAAUAUUGUAUUUUGGGAAAAUGUGUCUCACUUUUUCUUCAGUUUUUCCAGCUGAUAUCAAGCUGUAUUUAACCAGUAACAAGGAAAGACAAUGGAUUUCAUAUCAUCCAAGCAAUGGAACAAUAUUGUUUUCCUUAUUUUAAGACAGAGCCUCAUCUUAAAAUAAGAAUUCUGUCUAGUUUUAAGGCACAUUUUGAUUAUUCAGUGCCUUAACAUUUAACUGGUU